AUGCAUCCACGCAAUCCCUAUGCCUCCCACCCUCCAGACUUCCAAGCCCUAGCGGCCUUCGAUCCGGAUAAUUUCGGCAGACAUGUUCGCACACGCAAGGAUGGACGGUUUUACAUAGAUUUCAAGGACCUCCAAGCCUGCAAGGCACUCAAUGAGGCGAUUCUGCUCCACGACUUUGGCAUCAAGGUCAAUCAACCGGCAGAUCGCCUCUGUCCACCGGUGCCGAAUCGGCUCAACUACCUCUUAUGGCUGCAGGACGUGCUACGCGAAAGCAAGCGGCCAGAUGGUAGACCCGUAGUGGAAUUUGGAGGGGAUGAGGCUGCUAGAUCCCUCAAGUCAGUCGCCUCUGACUCCGGAGCCCGGAUGACGAAGCGAAUGCGAGUGCAGUCCCCUGAUGCUAGUACCAUCAGAACGCUCGACAUCGGUACCGGAGCCACAGCCAUCUACCCUAUCUUGGGGUGCGCGCUAAGCCCUCACUGGACAUUCGAUGCGACCGAGAUCGAUUCUGAGUCACUUGCGAAUGCUCAAACAAUGAUCGACGACCCCUGCAACAAUGGCGAGGCUCCUGCUCUUGCUUGCGCCCAAAGACGGACCGCUCAAGGACCGCUGCAGCUCAAGAGCCGGAUCAGACUUAUACUUCGUACCGCCGAAGAUACAUUGAUCCCGACAGAGGAUCAGAACCUUCAGGCGUCCUCUGAACUCCUCUACCAUUGCACAAUGUCCAACCCGCCCUUUUACUCCUCCUCGGAAGACCUCGCCGAGUCCGCGGCGGCUAAGCUCCUGCCCCCUCAGUCCGCCUGUACCGGUACAGAUGGCGAGAUGAUCACGCCGGGGGGAGAGGUAGCCUUCGUCACUCGGCAGAUUGAGGAGAGUAUCGUGCUGGGUCAGCGAGUACUGUGGUACUCGAGCAUGCUCGGCAAACUCUCCAGCGUAUCGACGCUGCUGCAGACCCUCAAGGAAAAGCAGAUCGACAAUAUCGCUGUGACGAAGUUUCAACAGGGUCAGACGGGCCGAUGGGCAAUUGCGUGGUCUCUCUCGCCUCACAGACUGCCAGAUUGGGUAGGCAGAUCGAUGGGUGACACGGCUGCAAGCGGCUGGUCCACCCUGGUGUCCAGCACAUCGAUCUUCCGCACACUACCCACAGGACGUUUUGAGUCUCUGCAGCAAGCGGAAGAAGCAUUGUUCAAGCUUCUCAAUUCACUAGAUGCAGCACAAGUGUCUCCGCAAGAGCCGGAAGAUCCAUCGUCAGGACGUACAGUCUUUGUCGGACUCGCCUAUAAUGUCUGGAAUCGAGCUGCCCGUCGAGCAGCAAAAGCGUCCGCAGAAGCCACAGCUAUCACUAAGGUCAAGCCAGACGUCGAGCCUGUCCUUUGUCUGCUGAUCUCCCUCUCACAGCAACGACACAGACGCACCGAGGUCAGUGCGACACCUGCAUCAUCCUCAUUCUCAUCCUCGCCUCCAGUCGAGGUAAAGAUGCAAUGGACGUACGGUCGCUCCAGACUGCAUUUUGAGUCCUUUGCUACCAUGCUGAUCCGCUCGCUGAGCAGUCGAGGCUAG